UGAACAAUUGAGCUGGGAAAAUUCCAAACGGCUUCCUUCUGUAAACCAACAUGAGCAGAUGACAGAUCCGACGGCGCUGCCUACCAUUGACGCGCGCCUACAGAAGGUGCAUGAUUUACUCACAGGCAGCGAUAAUACUUCGCUAAACCGUGAAGAUAUCCUUGCCUAUCGUCAGCUACUGGCGAAGUGUUCGGAAGAAUGUCUGGUGCUGGCGCCCGAGAGGGCUGGGCGGGAUGGCUCUCUUCCUUCGGAAACGAUUCGCCGAGCGAGGAUGACGGUGGUGUUGCUUCGUGUGGCAUCGGUGCAGAAACCGGAGAUCUUUCUGACCAACUCGUUUGAGAUUGUUGGGGUUGAGGAAGAUGGCGGAGCGCCGCGCGGUGGUGGAGACGGGCCGGCGACGGGCCCGGUCCUUUUAUCACAGCUCUAUUCCGAUAAAGGCUCCCUGAUAGCAUGCGAGCCGUUCGAUCGAUGGAUCUUCUCUCGCGUUGUGAGGGUUCUGGCACUGUCUGGUCUUGCCACCGUGCACGAGGCUGUUUUCGAGGUCGUCAACGAGCUUGUGUACAUUAUGAUUCACGGGAGGGAAAGUUCCCAGGAUCGGCACUUUCAUGACUUGGUUGAGGAGAUGGUGGAGAUGAUCAAUGUGAUUCAGAGCAGUUUGAAAAGCACAGGGGAUGUAUCGAGUCCCAUCACCUGUGAACACGAUGGUGGACAUAUUCAACUGAGCACAGCCGAUGAAUGCCACAUGUUCUUGAGAAACUUGUAUCAGCUUCUCAAACUUUGCUACAAGCAGGGGCAGUUUGCUACAGGGAAUGUAAAUGCGAGGUUGUGGGGGCAUCUGAUCGAUUACUUCGAAUUUCUUCCGGACGAGGAGGGCAUGGGGUCGUUGAAGACUGCCCUUGGUCUCGUCUUCGCCAUGCACAAACUCACGGACGAACUUCACCUCAUCAGCAAAAGGCGCAUCCUAGACGUCCUCAUUAAGGCAUUAUGGAGCCUGUUCCCCGACGGAGAAGCACAAACCUUCGUCCCUGCAGAAAUGGAUGAAGAGCUGCAGUUGCUAUUAGCUACCGCGCUCUCUCAAUGCCUGAACGGUGGCAUUGUGUCGGGUACACUGCUACAUGUGUUUGCACCGGUGCGCAUGCUGGUGGGUCUACCGGUGUUCAGAGCCCUCACGCGGAAUCUGCGGAGUGUCUUGAUGGAGUUGUAUGAACUGGGCCUUAUGAGCAUGGAGUUGAAUGGAUCGCCGAGAACGUUUAUCAGGGUUAGUCGGUCGGUGGAUGGACAGCGAUCGUCUCUGGGAGCGGAUCAGAUGGAAGGGGUCUCUGGGACAGCCGGGAGUAGGAAGCGGAAAGCGGGAGACAUGGAGGCUAAGAGGGGGGGCCAGACCGAUGCCCUGCGAGACAUCAGCUCAUCGAAGCGUAGACGAACGUCUGAUGACAGCGCAAUGCAAAGCUUUGCGAGUCACGAGCCGUUUCCGGAAGUUCUUCCGCGCUUGGACGUCGCAUCGCUUGCAAGUGCUGAUGAAACAGCCAAUGCAGCGCUCGCCAAAGCAAUCGCGACGCACCCUUGGCAUGCCGCAGACGCAGAGACUGCGAUAUUUGCACUUGCUUCAGCUUGGGAAGCCGUACCCGCUGCGGCGCAUGUCAACCUUGACGAGUUACAGAAGCUGGUGUCAACUUCCUUCACUCACGCGAUCAGUAUUCUCCAUGGAGUUUCCGUACCGAAUACGUCACUGGAUGUGAUUCUGUCCAUCGCGACAACCCUGUGCACCUGCGUCCCUGUUUUGCGGCGACUCGGAGAAAGCGAACGGUACAGUCUGGUGUGGGUCGUUUCCUUACCUUGGCUAAAUGCUAUUUUGAAGCGGGAACCUGGCGUCACGGGCGACGACUAUUUCCGCUCGGAAAGUGAAGCGUUUAUGAAGACCCUCUACAACGGCUUCGAUUUCAGCGGAAAUGACUUGAGACAUGUGGAAUUCAAAGAUCUUGAGCCUAUUCCUUCGCCUCUGGACGUGAAACUUUCUGUGAAAUGCUUGAGGGCUAUUGUUUCCGCUGUCAAACGAUCCCCGGAUCCGCAAUUGGCAGUGCAUGCUGCAUACGUGUGGUUGAGAUGCCUCGAAUGGAAUCCUUCGAUGGAAAACGCCGCGUCUCGUUUCACAUGGGAUAUCAUUGCCUUUUUGGACCAUGGAACGGAUACGCAAACGGUUUUCGUAAAACAUCUCUGCUGGCUUGCGCAGAACCGGCCACAGACUCAAGGCGGCAUCAGCUCCUGUCUCGGGACUAUGUGCUGCGCCCUUGUACAAAGUGAAGUGGAUCGACCUGGAAGGGGUGAAGAGACACGUACCUGCCCUCAGUGCGACACAAAACGGGACAUCGACUCCUUUGCGCUCGUCAACGCCAGCUACGCCAAUUUGUUCAUGCGAUUUAUGUUUCUGGCAGACACGGGGAGUCCUGAGUCUCGCGUACUGUUCUUCCGGAGUUUGCUGCGUUUAUGCCGGCAUCUGCCCAUGAACAAACUGGAAUUCCGAAGCUCUGACCUUGUACGAGCAUGUGUGCAAGCAUUGGCGGCCGACUGCCGCCGAGUUCGACGCAUCGCGGGCGAGGUCGUCGCCUUGAUCUGCACACGCGUGGAAGCAUGUGAUGACCCUGCUCUGACUGCGGACAACAACUUGGCACUGACAGAGGAGCUAAAAAAGCUCCGGGGUGCAAGUCCGCCGGUCGUGGAGACGACUGUUGUGACUAUCGGAAGAAUCGCACGCGUCGUUGGUGAAACUUCCCUGUUGCCACUCCUGCAAGCCUUAUUCGACCAUUUUGGCGCGGAGAACGCCAACAUCCGGUCCAUGGCCGCAGAGCAAGUGCAAAGCAUCGCAGAAGGACGCGAUAAAUCCUUCGCCCAGUUGAUUGCACCCCUCCGUCGCCCUAUCAGCAUCUACAUGAUUGGCAAAUGGGAAAGCGAUCCGCGUAUCUGUCGCACGUUCCUCCCGCUGUACGGCAUGACCGGCCAGGAUUUUGUCCAGCAGAAUUUGCAGCACAUCCUCCCGCAUCUUGUCGUCGAGCAAGCAAGUGACGGUAUUCGGCAGAUUGCGAUUAUGGUCAAGACUCCUCCGGAUCGGAUGCUGCUGAACGAAGGCGGGACUAUAUUACCGUUUAUUUUUAUGCAGGAUGGAGAUUCGGCGGCUACCUUGCAUUUCUAUCUGAAGAUGAUCUCGCAACACGUGGGGAUAGCAGAUGUGGUGCGGUCGUACUCUUUGCGCAUUAUUAUCAAUAUCUGCAUGGAGCUCGGUGACUGUGACCCUACUGUGCUCGGAAAGGCGGAGUCUGCGCUCAAGACAGUCAGCCAAAUCUUGCACGGCGGGCCCGAGAGCGACGACCGACCCGAAGACGUCUUGAUACCGAACGUCCUGGGAAUCUUGGAGCAUGUCAAUCAAACACUUCUGGAUGUUGAUGGCCAAAAUUCGGUGACCGAGAAGUGCAAAACUGUGCACAGUCUCGGCCAGGUGAUCCGUCUGAUGAAUGUGGAGAUCUCGCCUGUCAUCCCGCAGAUGCUUGCGACGCUCAAGACCGCCCUCGAUUCCGCCCCGUUGAGAGAUGCUGCGCUUGAUGCGUGGAGGCAGUUUCUCGAGGCUGUCCACCCCGACUCUGUUCGGCCGAUGCUCAACCAAGUCUGCGUUUCUCUAUGUAAGAACUGCCGCGAGUUCACGGGGUCGCAGAUAGCGACCCUCGUUACCAUGUUGGAGAAGUUCUUCACGAGGUUGAUCUAUGAUGAAGAUUGGUCCGUUCUCUCGGAGAUUGGCCUGUUACCGGACACCGCGGAGUUUGCAAAGCUAAAUGGGAUGCUGAAUACAUCGCGCGGCUCAAGGUCGCUUCCCGCACGUAUCACCGGUCUUUUGAAACCGUUGGUGGAAGACAAUGCGGCUGUGUGCCGCCAAGCCCUGCAGGAGCUCGUUGCUUGCGUACAGGCCGCGGGUGCCGAGAUGAACGCUUUGGUGUUGUCGGAGAAUGUCCACGACUGCAUCAAGGAAACUAUACGCAUCCUUCUCCAAGUGUGCAGGCGAUACAAUGGUGUCGACGAGGAGAUACAAAACCUGUGCUGUGAAGCUCUAGGGGUUUUGGGAGCCAUUGACCCCUCCCGUUUGAAUCUACUCAUGACCACCGAAGGAGUUGGGCAAGGUCUAGGUCCGCACGGCGAUUUCGAGUCUAUGGAGCAAGCCAUCAUUUUCGUCAUUGCCGUCAUCGAGAGCAAACUGGCGCCCGCUUGUCGAGCCACCCACGACACAAAGAUACAGAUCAACCACGCGUAUGCCAUACAGGAACUGUUGCGCUUUUGUGGAUUCACACAGGAGAUCGCUGCGAUGGUCGAUCUACGGGGACCCGGAGGACUACCCGAAGCGACGCAACACUUGGGCAGGCUGUGGUUCUCUUUUUCGCCUCUCGCGCGAGGGACAAUAACGCCCUUUCUGAGUACGAAAUACCACCAGUCGCUCCGUAGUCAUACAACAUACCAACCUUCAUACCCUAUCUAUGCGCGUGAUGAAUCGUACCGGAUGUGGAUGCAAACUUGGACGGUCGAUCUGAUCAAGAAAGCGCAGGGCCAGCUUGCCCGGCAGGUGUUCGGCAUGUGCAAGAACGUUGUCAUCAUCGGCGAUAUCAACGUUGCGGAGCAUCUACUGCCCCAUUUAGUUUUGAAUGUUCUUCUGGCGGGAACGGAUGCUCAGCGGGAUGACAUACGGCAAGAGUUUCUUGCGAUUCUUAGCGACAAAAAUCAACGGAGUCGGCGCAUGGUAGAGAAACGGAGAUUGUGUUGUCAGACCGUUUUCUCGUUAGUGGAUCACAUUGCCAGAUGGCUGAGACUUCGGCGGUUAGAGACAGCUAAACGGAAGGCUUCACUCGGGCGGCGGAGCAGAACAGCCGCAGCGGCUGACGAAGGAAACCCCAAUGCGCAGAUAUUUGUCGAAAGAAUCGAAGAUUUCCUUGGUCUCAUUCCGGAAUCCGUGAUGGCAGCGGCGUCGUAUGAUUGCCAAGCCUACGCUCGCGCCUUGCUUCAUUUCGAGCAACAUAUCAGAAACGAGCGAGUCAACAAGGAGGAGGAUCAGCUCCAAGAGCUUUACGCUCAUCUGCAGCAAAUAUAUGCGCACCUGGACGAGUCUGAUUGCAUUGAAGGCCUGUCGACAAUGUUUCGUGUUUCCACGUUAGAACAGCAGAUCAUCGAGCACGAAAACGCGGGGCAAUGGACGGGUGCUCAAACUUGCUAUGAGCUUGCACUGCAAAAUGAUAGCACGCAGCUGCAGAAUCACAUCGGUCUCGUGAAUUGUCUCAAGAAUCUAGGACAUAUGGAUACCUUGUUGACACAUGUGCACGGCAGUUCUACUCUGCAUCCCGAAUGGGCGUCGUCAUUAAACUCCUAUGCUAUCGAAGCGGCUUGGAGUUUGGGUGACUGGAACCUAUUGGAAAGCUUGUUACAAAAACCGCACGACAAACGCUUCGAGACCUCAAUCGGCUCCUUGUUCGAUGCUGUGCGAAACAGAGAUCAAUCCCGUUUCCAAAGCGUUUUACGACAAACCCGGCAAGUUAUCGCCGUGGACUUGGCGGCGGCGAGCAUGGACUCCUACAAGCGGAGUUACGACAGCAUCAUAAAGCUACACAUGCUCUAUGAAAUGAGCAGCCUUUUCAAGUCGAAUGGGAAGGGUAUCGCAGAUCAUGAAGAGCACUCUGAUGUUUUCGAUAUAUGGGACAAACGUCUCAAAGCUACAGUCGCCUCCUUCCGGGUACGAGAGCCCAUCCUGAACCUGCGGAGGAUUCUUUUGCAGGCGUACACCUUUACAAAGGCUGACCGUCCCACGUCGACGACAAGCAACAGCUACACAGCGCUGGGGCUAAAACGUGGAUCCUUAUGGCUGCAAAGCGCCAAAGCUUCUCGGAAAGCUGGUCAUUUCCAAGCCGCCUACAGCGCCAUUCUGCACGCUACCCGAUUACAGGUGCCGGAAGUCCCUUUGGAAAUGGCCAAGCUGCUGUGGGAUCAACAUGAGAAGCAGAAGGCUAUGUCCGAGCUUCGGUCUAGCUUGCAGAUUCUUGAGCGUGAAUCGGCGUCCAUAAAGCAUACGGAACCUAUUGUCGUUGACGCAGACGGUGGCUCUACGCAUGCGCAAUCAUGUCGUUUCCUGAGGGCAAAGAUACAGCUCCAACUCUCAAACUGGAUUGAGGAGACGAGCACUGGUCAUGCAACGAGCAUCAUUGAAGGCUUUACCCAAGUGACCAAAGACAUGCCGGAUUGGGAGAAGGCGGCUUUUCAUCUCGGUCGCUAUUAUGACAAGCUAUAUGAAAUGGACCUAGCGAAAAUGAAACUUCCGGACCGAGUUUCGCAAGCAAGUUUGAGCCAGCAUGCUACUCUUUCCUUCGCCGUUUGUCGCCAAUAUGGACGAGCGCUGACGUACGGCACUCGUUACAUUUAUCAAACCUUGCCGAGGCUCUUAACGAUAUGGCUCGAAAUGGGUUACGUGCCGGGGACGGGGGAUGAGAACGAGAACAGUUCCAAAGACCCUCGGGUAGCGCGCUUCCAUCAAAUCAGCCGCCUCGUGCGCAAGCUCAUCGAAAAAGUUCCAGCAUACCACUUCCUUACUGCCAUUCCACAACUAGCCUCGAGGAUUGGGCACACGAACGUCCUUGUGCAUCAGGUACUUGAAGCCAUCCUGGUCAACGUUCUGUGUGUAUACCCGCAGCAGACACUUUGGCAGCUUCUCGCCGUUGGAAGGAGUUCAUCGAAGAUUCGGGCUGAGCGUGUGAGCCUGGUGUUUUCGAAAGCUAAGGUGAAUCCCCUGAAUCGCCACGGGUAUCAAGGCUCGAUUCCGGAGUUGAUUCAGGAGGGACAGUCCCUAUCCGGUCACCUACUCGAUCUGUGUAAUCUUUCGGUUCCUCGAAAUGAAUCUACCAUCAGCCUGAACAAGCAUCUCCGCCGCCUAUGCAGUUUGGUUCCACUACGCAUUAUCAUCCCACUGCAGUCAACAAUGACUGUCACUUUACCCACAGCCGGUCAGACGGGGCCGCACACUCCUUUUCCGCAGGACGCUCCUACCGUAAUGGGAUUCCGAGAUGAAAUCGAGAUAAUGAAUUCCCUCCAGCGUCCACGCAAACUGACAAUCAUAGGAAGCGAUGGAAAGGAAUAUCUUUUCCUUUGCAAACCGAAAGAUGACCUGCGAAAGGAUUGUAGGCUGAUGGAAUUCAACCUGAUGAUCAACAAACUGUUGAAAAAGGACCCCGAUGCCAGGAAGAGGAAUCUAUAUAUCCGAACGUAUGCUGUCGUUCCACUUAAUGAAGAAUGCGGCCUUAUCGAAUGGGUUCCAAAUACCAUGGGCUUCCGGCACAUCAUGUUGUCGGCCUACAAGAUGAAGAAUAUGUACUGCUUUCCCAACGAGGUCAAGCAGAUCGUCGAUCGCAAGCAUCCAAGCCCGGAGGAAGUCUUCGAAACGAUGCUGAAGCCAAGAUUUCCGCCAGUCUUCCAUGAAUGGUUUUUGGAGACCUUUCCAGAGCCGACUCAGUGGCUCGCAAGCAGAUUGGCAUACUCAGCAACAAUGGCGGCGAUGUCAAUGGUUGGCUUUGUUGUUGGACUCGGGGAUCGCCACGGAGAGAACAUCCUGUUCGACGCGCGGACUGGCGAUUGUGUCCAUGUUGAUCUGAAUUGCUUGUUUGAGAAGGGUCUGACAUUCGAGAAACCCGAAAAAGUACCGUUCCGUUUGACUCACAACAUGGUGGACGCAUUCGGAGUCACUGGCGUCGAAGGAGUAUUCCGCAAAUCAUGUGAAGCGACCAUGCGCGUGCUCCGCGCAAACCGUGAUUCUUUGAUGUCGGUUCUGGAAACCUUCUUGUAUGACCCCCUUUGCGAGUGGAACAAGCCCGGCCGGCGACCAUCCGCUGUGGCUGGUAAAACAGAUGAACGUGGUGAUGGGGAAAACGAGCAGGCAAAGAAAACGCUGGAGAUCAUCAGUCGAAAACUACAGGGGUAUGCCACCAACAGUACGAUGCCCCCUAUGAUUUUGCCCCUUAGCCCGGAAGGGCAGGUGCAUGAGUUGAUUGAACAGGCGACGAGUAUCAAGAACCUCGCCGCGAUGUAUAUAGGUUGGACGGCGUACAUGUGAGGGCUGAUGCAGGCUGCCGAUUAUUUGUAGAAUUUGUAUAUUUAGUAGAGUAGACAUAGAGCCGCUAAACCAAAUAGGCGCGGAAGAAUAUAGUGCGGUGCGCCGCAUUUGCACAGCUCUCAGCAGGGAACAAAAUGCUCGGUGUUGUCGGAUCUGCUUCUAAAAUGGGUCGAUUUACGCUUAACUUUCUCGCCUCUCCUAGCUUUCUUCGGAGAUUUCUUGUACACUUU